AUGGCGGUGAGAGAGAUCUACAGGAGGAAGCCCCCCGUCGCCGCUCUCCUGGUCAUCCUCGUCUGCAUUGCAUCCCUCUUGCUCAUCUUCUCUUUCCUCCAAUCCUCUGGACCUGCCGUGAGUCCUCGUCCGGAGGACCGCGCGGAGCUUCCAGGUUCCUCCAAAUGGGAGGAUCCCGGGGAAGUUCGAUCUUGUAACUACUCUGAAGGGACAUGGGUGCGGGAUUCGAAUCCAUCUCUCGUUCGGUACGGCAACUCCUGUAAGGAGAUCUUCAAGGGAUGGAACUGCAUCUCGGCGGGGAAAUCUAACGCGCGGGAAAUCACAUCGUGGCGGUGGCAACCUUUCGGCUGCAACCUGCCCCCUCUGGAGCCCUCUCGCUUUCUCAACCGGUACCGGAACUCGAAGAUUGGUACGAUCUCCCAGUUUUUUCUCCUUCCAGCGACAUUAUCUAUUCACCAUUUUCUCGAUUUUUUUUCUCAGAUUUCAUUUAGCUUAUCAUCCGUGAGCAGUGCAGGAUUCGUUGGAGACUCCUUGAAUAGGAACAUGUUCGUGUCCUUGGUGUGCAUGUUGAGGCGAUCAGCAUCUGGUGAGGUAAAGAAAUUGCGUCCCGCCGGGGCAGACCGAGGGUUUAACUUUGUGGACUACAAUCUGACUGUCGCAUAUCACAGGACUAAUCUCUUGGUUCGUUAUACUAGGUAAAUACUGUCCGUUAACACAGUUCUUCAACCCUUCACACCAUGGGAUUCUUUUGUGGUCUCUUGAACUGGUUAGGUUUCCGUGUUCCUCAUUUCCUUCUCUAUCUGUGAAGGUGGUCAGCCAGUGCUAAUGGAGGGGCUCUGGAAUCAUUGGGGUACAAACAAGGUUACAGGGUCGAUGUUGACGUUCCUGACCAAUCGUGGGCAGAGGCGCCGAACUUUCAUGAUAUUCUCAUCUUCAACACUGGCCACUGGUAAUUGCAAACUCGCUUUUAUCAAAUCAUAGAAACGUGUAUCUGCGUUUUUCUUGUCUAUCAUUUAGAAAUGUCUGGUUUGAUGGGUAAUUCCAUGAGAAAUAUGAUCAAAGGCUGUUUAGAUGUUCCGAGGUCGAGGAAUGAGCGGGGAAACUAAUCGUGAAUCCAUCUACUUUGCCAGACAAAUGGACUGGCCAGUUUAACAUCAUUUCGUUUUACUUGUCAUCUUCGUUUCUGUUCCACAAAUUCGAUCGAUUUGUCUUAGCUUCCAAGGUCUUCUGGUUGAUAUCAUUAUGUAUAGUUAUUUCCUAGUUCUUGGUUUUCUGGUAAUGUGGGGUCUUUUAUCUUAAUUCCCUGCAUGUUAUUGCAUACAGAUCAAGAAAAGGAGAGAUUCCUGACAUAGGUAUGCUUUGAACCCCAAUCACUGUAUUCUCUCGCUGACUAAAUGCCAAAAAUGAUAAUGACACAUCGUUUUGAGAUCUAUGUGUAGAAUGAUAGCUGGCUCUGUUCUCUAGAUCAUGGAAAAGGAGUAUUGAUGAAAGGGUUUGAUGAAUAAAUGGAAUCAUCUUCCAGUUUUCACUCUUGAAUCAUAUAUAUCUCUUUGAUUAGGGCCUCCCCAUGUGGUUGUUUUGAGAGAGGCACUAUUAUGCUGUCCUAUAUCACUUAGGUCGUGAGUUGCUUGUGAGUCUGGGAUACUUUUUCAGUCCUUUUGAGAUGAUUAUGAUCAUCGGAAUCCCAUGCAGAAAUGAUGAUCUACGUGGGAUUCACGGCCUUUCUCCUAAAUCAUUUUGAUAACAAGAUAAAAUGAUGAUCUACAUUUUAGAAACCGUGAGGUUGGUUGCAUGGAGAUGUGAUAGUUUCUGACAAUGUUCUCAUUGGCCUAUAUUUUUAGAUGCUUACAUAGUGGAUAGAAAUGGCAAGAGUCUCAGGAACAUACAUUCGCUAAGCUUCUUGAAGCACAUGGGUAUAUUCAAUUCUGAUCCGGAUGGGAUUCACUGGGCCUUUCAACCCGGUAACCAAAUUCUGUAUUAUUGAAGCUUCUGGAGCUAUCUCAGGCCCAGCAAUCUUUUGUCAUAUAAAGUAUGCCAUCCUUACUACAGAGUCGUUCAUUAUUCAUGGAUACAUUUUGGACUCCUAUGUAAUAUUUCUGAGAACAUUUCCCAUCAUUUUCUCGGAAUUUCCUUCUCUCAGAUCUAUUUCUGGAGUAUUUUUCUUAGUUUUUUUCAAUCUAAAAUUUAUACUGUGAUCUUCCUUGUUUUCAGGUGGUGGGCCCCAUCGAAAUUCGAUCCCAUUGAGUCACCAAUGCUUUUCUUCGAAGGGGGCAAGCCUAUAUUGCCUGUUCUAUCCCCUGAAGAUGGCUUGGACGUUGCUUUAAAGCAUAUGGUAUUCCUGCAUAGAUUCUUUUCUUAUUUCAUCGGACCGUUUCACACCAACUGCCCAGGAGCAAGUUUUUUUUCUUUACUUCUUGCAUCGUGAACAGUCCACCAAUUGUCCAACGCAAUCCACGCAAUCAUCAUCAUCAAGCAGUUGACUAUUUGAUCAUCAAACGGCCCAGGUUUUCUCAACAGACAUGACUUUAAAGCAUAUGGCUUGCCUUGAUUGUUAAAUUUCACUGAAUUCUUUCUUUAGGCAAAAGUCAACCACUUGUCCAACGCAAUCCAUGCAAUCAUCUUCAUCAAGCAGUUGACUGUUUGAUCAUCUAACGGUCCAGUUUUUCUCAGCAGAGAUGACUUUAAAGCAUAUGGCUUGUUUUGAUUGUUAAAUUUCACGGAAUUCUUUCUCUAGGCAAAAGUCAACCACACUCCCAAAGUAGCCCAUACAUUAUCAUCAUCAUCAUCAUCAUCAUCAUCAUCAUCAUCAUCCAUUUAUGUCAACCCAAAUUUCUCUACAGAUAGCAUAUGUGGAAAGGGUAGGCAGGCAUGCAAUCAAAUUCUUCCGCACCCAAUCUCCCAGGCACUUUGAAGGAGGUGACUGGAACGAAGGCGGAUCAUGUGGGCGCACAGAGCCAUUAUCUCCCCAGCAGGUUGCUUCAUGCAUGCAUCAAAUACAUUCCUUUCUACCCAAUUUGAAUUUUCUGCCAUAAUCCUACCUACGCAUCUACUAGAAUCUGCUACUAAUAGUAACCAUUAUAAUGAGAAUUAUUAUUAUUAUUAUCUUCGUUCUUCAGGUGGAGGAGUUCUUCUCUGUGGAGAAGAAUGGAACGAAUGUGGAGACGAGGGUGGUGAACGAGCACCUGUUCAGGGCCCUUGAGGGUUCGGGAUUCCGAGUCCUGGACGUGACCCACAUGAGCGAGUUCAGGGCGGAUGGCCAUCCAGCGGCUGCCGGGGGGAAGAGGCACGACGACUGCAUGCACUGGUGCCUCCCAGGGGUCACCGACUCCUGGAAUGACCUCCUCGCUCUAGCCCUUGACUUCCUCUGA